UGUUUUGUUUAUUUAUUUUUCUGAAUUAGGAAUCAGUAAUCAUCUUCUUUAUAUAUAUAGAUAUAUAUCCUCUUCUUGACAAAGUAUGGAACUUUUUGGAAUUUUCGUGAAACCCAUUUAAAGUAAGGAAUCUGGGUUCGAUUGAGCAUCGGAGAUUGGAGGGGUUCUCAGUUUGCUCCUUGUCUUGUUCACUUGUUUUUCUAAAUAUUCCUGAGAAGAAUAAUCGUGGCAAAAUACUGUUUUGCUUUGUUAUUCUUUCAUCUAACUCUGUCUUUUUGUUUGAAUGUUCUGAAUGCAAGAAUUCUGUUCCUGCUGGACUUUGGUGAUUCUAGUGUUGUUUCUUCAGACUGUUCAAGUUUUCAUUCUUUUUCCCCUGUUGUGAGGAACUGAAUCAGUUGAGAAAUUUGAAAUGGUUUUGACUAAAUUCCCAUUAUUUUACAAAAAAUUAUGUGGAUUACUAGCUUUCUGUAUUCCUUCCCCUAUAAUUCAAAUGUACUCAGAUUCUCCAAGCCAUAAUUGGCGACCCACCAUGGCACCAGAUACUACUGCCUUAAGUUAUUGGUUGAAUUGGAGGUUCUUCCUCUGUGCACUAUUUAUUUUAUUAACUAUGGGCCUGGCAUCAUUUUUGAUAUGGAAGUAUGAAGAAUUCAAUAAAUCGAGGAAUGAGAGAAGAGAAAGGCAGCGAGAAACGGCUGGGUCACUUUAUGAGUAUGAAGCAUGGAGUACAUGUCUUAACGGAAUUCAUCCUGCUUGGCUGCUUACUUACAGGAUAAUUUCUUUUCUUCUGCUUUUUUCUUUGCUCACUGCCAAUGUGGUUGCUGAUGGAGGUGGCAUAUUUUAUUUCUACACUCAGUGGACAUUUACUUUGGUCACUAUUUACUUUGGGCUUGGAUCUUGUGUCUCAAUAUAUGGAUGUCGCUAUAAACACAAUAAAAUUGAUAGCAGCACAGUCAAUCGUGCUGAUUUAGAUACUGAAGAAGGCACUUAUGUGGCUCCUACACUUGAUGGGACUCCAGAAUUACCUAACCUGUACAAGAAUUCCAAUGCCAAUCAGGAGCUUUACACUCGAAAUAUUGCUGGUGUAUGGGGUUAUAUUUUUCAAAUAACUUUUCAGACUUGUGCAGGUGCUGUAGUGCUCACUGACGUUGUAUUCUGGCUUGUCCUUUAUCCAACAUAUCUGAAUACUAAAGAUUUCCAUCUGCAUUUUAUGGAUGUUUGUUUGCACUCCCUUAACGCCAUAUUCCUCCUCGGUGAUGCAUCAUUGAAUUGCAUGAGAUUUCCAGUGUUUCGAUUUGCAUAUUUUAUUUUGUGGACAGCUAUAUUUGUGAUUUUUCAGUGGAUCAUUCAUGCUUGUGUUUCAUUAUGGUGGCCUUAUCCUUUCCUUGAUCUGUCAUCCCCAUAUGCACCCUUAUGGUACUUUGGUGUGGGUGUAAUGCACAUUCCAUGCUAUGGCUUCUUUGCUUUGAUAAUGAAGUUGAAGCACUUGUGGUUGUCAAAAUUGUUUCCUGGCUCUUGUCAGUUUAUACGGUGAUAAUACAUUGAAGAUUAGUCAUCGGAGUAAGGCUAUCUUCAUCGUGGCUAAAGCAGAUUUUAACUUUGAAGAUCAAUUUGUAACCCCAUCCCUCCCCCCAAAGUGUUUAGAGGACUAUCAUUUUUGUGCGGGGGUAAUUGUGAUAUGUAUUUGUAUUUGCAACUUCAGAUGGAAUUCAUAAAAGUUCUCUGGUCUAACCAUGUAUAUCUUCCAUAAAAGUUAAAUCUUCCAUAAUAUCCUCAUACAUUGAUUAAAUCAUCCCAAAGUAAAAUCAAAUAUAUGUUUCAAA